AUGUCGUCCGAGAAGACCCAGAACCCCAUGCGCGAGCUUCACAUCCAGAAGCUCGUCCUCAACAUCUCCGUCGGAGAGUCUGGUGACAGACUGACCCGUGCCGCCAAGGUGUUGGAGCAGCUUUCUGGUCAAACCCCCGUUUACAGCAAGGCCCGCUACACCGUCCGUACCUUCGGUAUCCGCCGUAACGAAAAGAUCUCCGUCCACGUCACCGUCCGUGGCCCCAAGGCUGAGGAGAUUCUUGAGCGUGGCCUCAAGGUCAAGGAGUACGAGCUCCGCAAGCGCAACUUCUCCGAGACUGGCAACUUCGGCUUCGGUAUCUCUGAGCACAUCGAUCUCGGUAUCAAGUACGACCCCUCCAUCGGUAUCUACGGCAUGGACUUCUACGUCUGCAUGACCCGCAAGGGUGAGCGUGUCGGUACCCGCCGCCGCUGCAAGGGCCGCAUCGGCUCCGGCCACCGCAUCAAGCGCGACGAGACCGUCAAGUGGUUCAAGCAGCGCUUCGACGGCAUUGUCCGAUAA